UUCCUUUUCAUAACCCAAAAUCUGGCCAAUUGAUGUUGGCAUAAAAGUUGGUGUAUAGGAUUAAAUAAUCCUUAGCCUUUUUGUAUGAGAAAAUAUAUAUUUGCACAAAAUCCGGAUUAAGAAUGAGAUUGUUUAUUAUGCUGCAGUUUACAUUGAGCACUGUGUAAUCAACUUGUAAAUUCAUAUAUACAUAGAAAAGACACACCAACAAUGUAUUUCCAAGAUAUCAAAUAAAAAAACUCUACUUAUUUAGUCUAAAGUAGAAAACAUAGUUCCAACACAAAAUUGUUUAUUCUCAAGUCUUCAAGACAUGUUCAUCAUUGAAUCUUAUUACAAAAUUUAUAUCAGAUAAGGGCUUGAAGUUUGGCAUCAACUACUUGUGUGAAGUGUUCCAUAGAUACUUACCAUGGGAUGCAUUUCAUCAAAACUUAUUAUAGCAAGAUCAAUCAGUUACCAUGAAGAGAGAAAUCAAAGAUCAAAAGCUAAUAGUAUUCCUUUGCUUGAAGAAUUAAUCAUUUCAACUAGUGGUAGUGACCAAUAUCUUGCUGCUCUUGUCUGCACAGCAAAUAAGCUAUCCAAUAAAUUGCAUUCUAAGAGCUUAAGUUCUAACACAACUUCAAAACUAGCUAUUGAGCCUGAAAGUUCUGAAGUUAUUGAUGAAAAUUUGGAACAUUCGACAAUAUUAGAAGCGAAACUAUUUGAGAGUGAUCAGAAGAACAGGUCCAAAAGUUGGCAUUUUCCUGAGCAUAUUGCAUACUCUCUUAGUCAAGAGAGUUCAUCUUCUUCUGAAGAUAAAGAUGAUUUGAGAUCCAAGAGUGAUUUAGGUAGUAGAAGUUUUCACACAGUUGAGGAAUAUGAUGAUAUUGUUAACAGAAUUUGGUUAAGCAAGUCACAAAUAGUUCAGCGAAGUGAUUAUAAUGAUGAUGACAACGACGAUGACUCAGCAAUGAUGACGACGAUGACUCAGGUAUCUGAAUGUACAUCUAAUGCUACUCAUCAUACUCAGAAUAAAGAUUCUACCAUCAAGAAAAUGCAACCAUUAUGCUUAAACAAGAAUGAGAAAGUGAUUCAAAGUCAUAAAACAAAAGUUCUUGAGAAGGGAAAUAAGAGAAAGGAUAUAGCAAAGAGACUAGAAUCCCUUAUAAUUCCAUCCAAUGUUGAAUCUCCUGCAAUUGCUACUCUUAGAAAAUGGCUUCCUGCAGAUGGAAUAUACUCUCCUAGUUCCUACGUCACACCAAAAUUUGGAAGCUAUUCAUCAACAAACAUUAGAAAUGAAAAUGAAGAUGAAGCAAGUGAAGAUUCAAUAUUUAGUCAAGAGUUAGUAUCUGCUUUUGAACAGUGUAUGCAAAAGCUUGAAGCAGAAGAAGAAAAUAUUCUUAAACAAAUUUUAGAGAAUGUGGAAGAAGAAAUUGAUGAAGGAAUGAAGAAUUAAGAACACUCACUACUACAUGGAAUGUAGUGACUCUAGUUUGAGCUUUGAAACCAACCUAUUACUAAAGUCCCACAUCGGGAAUUUAUAAACAAUAGAGAGGUGGGUUCAUCUAUAAAUAUCAGCGGUGGUGUUGCAAUUGUUUUUUAAGC